GUCUCUCCCACUAUUUCUCUUUAACUAUUUGUCUUACAAAUUUCUGAAUCCUCUCAAAAACCGAAGCGACAUCUGCCCUAGAUCUAGAAAUCAUCAUAAAUUCCAUCUGUUUUAAAUGUUUUACGUUCCUAAUUCUCAUCUCUUUGUCAACGCGAAGAUUUAUGUUCCUUAAAUUAUUUGGAUCAUGUAUUUAUCCUUCGGAUCAAUUCGUCUUCCGAGCAUCAUUCUCUCCGUAAUCUCCUUCGAGAAAAGGAGUUGGGAAGGGGGAUAUGAUUUCUGGAUGGAAUUGAGUGAAUGACGUCUUACUGUAGAGAGCCCAAGUACAUCUCUCUUCUUCUUGAAGAUUACUUCGAUUGUCUCUACAACUCCAAAGAGGUACCCUACUACUUCCUUAUUCUCCUCUUUCCUGGUCUUCUUUUAGUUGAAGAUUGAUUUCGUUGUGAUUGUUACAUUAUGGUACAAGCCAUUGUUUCCAGAUUUAAGAAAACGCUAGACCAAACUGAUGAAUCAUGUCUAGAUCACGGGAAAACUUUGGAGAGGUCAAAUUUCAAUUCACGUUGGUUAUGUGGCUCAGAUCUCUCCUAUCCUUGAUUCUACACACACAGAAGGUGUAAUUGGUGAGACUGAGUGCUAGCCAUAGAACUCUAAAUUUGAGGUUCGGUCUUUAGAGAAACGUGUUACACUGUUGCAGGAAUAAAACAGCAAAUAGAGGAGAUUCAUCAUCAUCUGCAAAAAUGGUAAGUCUGGAAGAAGCCACACAAAAAAACAUGCAAUGAUGUUUAGCCAUGAGAUCAAGAAAAGCCAAUAGGUUUUAUGGGUUUCAAUAACCUGCAAAGAUGUUUUUGUUUCUUUAUGUUUGGUAACUCUUAUGGUGCAUGUAUAUUUGAACAGAGCAGGAGUUCCUUUGCUCGAGAUGGAAUCUUAACUUGAUACGAGAAGUGGGAUCGGAGGCACGUAAUACACCAGUGAGAUGCAAUGGAUUGUGAGUGAGUAACAGGAAUAUCCAAGAAGGCUCUCUCCACUGCGAUUUUAACAUCUCAGUCCGUCCAAUUGUGCAAGUUAAGUUUGGCACCAAGGUCAACAAGUUCCUUUCUUUCUUUGUCGUCUUUUAUAUUCUGAGUCUAGCGAGUGAAGAGAUAUGAUCAACUCAUUCUUUUUUCAUUCUACUACAUCUGGUUUAUGAUCCAAAUUUGUGUUGGUUCAUAUCUGGAAAUUAAGAAUUUGAGUGCGUUUCAGCAAUUGACAAGAAACUGAAGUAACAACGGGAACAGUUUAUUAGGGAGAGAAACCGUUUCCUUUCUUCCCUGUAAAGUAAUAGGAACUGCAACCACUGCAGCGAACUGCUUUCAGAGCUCGCUCUUCCUGAUAUUGACAACCUGGAAAUGCCCAAUUUGUCAAAACUUGAAAACAUUCUUGAGAACGAAGCACCACGGCAGGAAAUGUGGGAUAUAUCGCCAGUUCAUGGUGGGACAUUGUCAUGGCUACGGAAAUGUACUUCGAAGAUUCUUAAGUUGUCCCCAAAUAAAAAUGGCAGAAACAACAGCUACUCUGAGUUUUACUGACCAAGAAACUCAGUCUGCUGAGCAAGCUAACGUGAACAGUGGGCCAUCAACUAUGCUUCAGGUCCAAUCUGAAAGUGACAUCAUAGAAGUUGAAGUCGCCAAUGCAAACUCAGACGGUGAUCACAGCAAAAUCAACAGCAAGGCUCAAGAAGUUGAUGUAGAUUCUUUGUCUAUUAUAGCUGCUGAUGGUCUAUCACGCAUGAGAGGAAAAGCCAGAGUCAGAAGAACGCGCUCUGUCAAAGCUGUUGUUGAAGACGCUAAAACCAUCUAUAGAGAAUCUAUACAACUUAAUGAGCCCGUUGAUUUAACAGAAAAUGUUGAGGACACUGCUAAAGGAAAUGAUAAAAGCACUGGUGAACCUGGUCGUUCUGAGAAAGGAGAUUCAAAGAAUGGACGGAAACGUGAACGUAUGGGUUCUUGAGAAAGAUAUCUGAAACAAUGUAUUGAAAAAAGGGAUAGUGGAUUAGAAGACAUAAUAUGUUAAUAUGGGCAAAUUUAAGAAGAUUAAAUCAAAUUUAAUGGAAGUGAGUAGGAGUUUAAUGGAGAAGGAGAUGGAGUUGUGCAGUCUGAGACGUGAAAUAGAGAAAGUAGAAACAUCAAAGCAGAAGCCAUAGAAACUGUGCUAACCAGUGUAAGUGUUGUAUCAUAACCAAAAUAAAAAUUAUUAAUCAACUAAUAAAAAAUUCACCUAAUGUACUUUAACAAU